UUAACCGGUUUGACAACAUUGACCUGCACAAAUCAAUUAUUCGGCCGGUCGAACCAUAGCCGCGCUCUCCCGCUUCCCGGCCGCUUCCUCGUUCUCUCCUUCUAGUCGAUUCCCCAAACGAUUUCUUCUACCCUCACCCCACAGCUGCCCUGGUUUCCGCAUCGUCCGUCUCUCCUGCACGACCAAAAGGGUUUUCACUUUUCAUUCGGCACCCCCAACCUGAGAAGUCACUAGGUUAGCCAUUGCCCGUGAAGGUUGGAAUUCUCUUCGUGAAUCGUCAAUAUUAUGAAGUCUGAACUGGAAACGAGCUCCUGGUUUUGAAAUUUUUGGAUGGAGAGCUAGGGUUUCGAUUCUUCUAAUUUAAGAAAACGAGUGGCGGAGGAAGGACUGUAGCAACCCCGCACAGCUCCGACACUUCCGCCCGACCCAUCCUUCAAUUUCAUGCUCACGGCUGCUUCUUUUCAGCUUUUCUUUUGGUGUAGCAUGGAGCUUGAAGUUCAAAUCUCAAUUUGGUUUUUAGUGAUUCGCUCCUUUCUCCGUCCAAUCUUAAGCGGGAAUUUAUUCCGUGAUUAUUGUCUCUCUUACCCGUUUCUUUUAUUUUUUAUGGCAGCUUCUUCGUUGUAGUAAAUUGAAUUGACUGCAGAUUAUGGAGAGGCAAAAUGGAGAGAAGUCACGACGAGAGAAGCGUAAAGAAGCUAGAAAGGAGACGAAGCAGAGAAAAAAUGAUUCUUGGUUGGCACAUCAGAAAUUGAAAGGCCUCAAGAAAGCUGAGCAAUUAAAGACAAAGUCUUCGAAAUCGAAUAAAUCAGAGGCGAAGAGUCUGAAAGAGAGAUCAGGUGGAAAGGUAGCUCCUAACUUGUUGAUUGAACGGGAUUUACAGAGGAAGAGUACGAAAGGGAAGGUGAAAGAUUCUGUUGUUGCUCGAGGGAAUGUAAAAGAAAAGGAUAGUUUGAAGAGAAAAUCACAAACAGGGUUUGAAGAGUUUCUUCAAAUAGAGAUGCAAAAUGAGGAACUGUUGGCACAUGAAGAUUUGGAAGUUGAGAAAAGGCUUGCUAAGAAACUUAAGGUCAAGGAUAAAAUGCUGAGGGGCAUGGAUGAUGGUCUUAAUGAUCUUCUCGGAGGCAUGCCAUCUGCAUUUGAAUCUUUCAAUGAAGAAGAUGUCUCAGAUGGUGAAGCUUACCCCAAUGAGAAUAUACAGGAUGGCAGUUCUGCCAGCGAAAGUGAAGAGGAUAUGUCCUCUGCAGAAGAUACAGAAGAAACCCACUCUGAAGAUGUUGCAGAAUCUGAUUUGUCGGAACCAGUAGACAACGAGGUGGAACAUGAAGAAGCUGACUCCGAGAUAUCUUCACGUAAGAGACGCAGGAGGAGAAAGAAAUCAAAGCAGAGCCAAGAAGGUGAAAGGCCAAGUAACACAGAAAAUAGAGAUUCCGGUGCAGAAUCAGUUGACGUAGGGGCUGAAUUGAAGGAGGCUGUUGAUGUCUCUGCACCACUGGUUGGUGUGAAGUAUAUUGCUCCCCAUUUGAGAUCUCGAGCUGGAGAUGAGUCUGAAGAUCAUACUCAAAUCCGAAGACGAGUUCGCGGUCUACUGAACAGGUUGUCUGAGUUCAAUAUAGAAUCCAUUACUGGGGAAAUGGCUACGAUAUUUAGAUCUCUCAGCCGCAGUGUCAGUACUCAAAUUAUCAGUGGCGAGGUGUUGGCUGCGUGUUCUGGUGGCCCCCGUGGCAAUGAACAGUACGCUGCUGUUUUUGCCGCAUUUGUUGCAGGCAUGGCCUAUUCUGUCGGGCAGGAUUUUGGUGCAAAACUCAUGGCUUCACUCGCUGCAUCUUUUGAGGACGAGUACCGUAAAGAAGACAAUCUUUCUUUGAGAAACCUCACUCUAUUGCUCUCCUAUUUAUAUAUUUUUGGAGUUUGCUCUAGUGAUUUGAUAUACGACUUUUUGAUUAUGUUGAGCAAGCGGUUGACAGAGGUUGAUGUUUCCACCAUCUUGACUGUUUUGCAAUGCUGUGGGAUGAAAAUAAGAGGAGAUGACCCUGCUGUCAUGAAAAACUUCAUUCAGACUGUUCAGAAUAGGGUUCAUGAGCUGAAGGCUUCAUCUACUGAAGAACAGGAAAAAAUCAACGGCAAAAGGAUGGAAUUCAUGCUUGAAACCAUAUGCGACAUAAAAAAUAACAAGAAGAGGCUUCAUGGUGAAACUUCAGAACACACCCGGAUCAAGAAGUGGCUGCAAAAGUUGAGCGCUGAAGACAUCCUGCUUCGAGGACUUAAAUGGAGCAAGCUGCUCGAUCCUCACAAGAAGGGUCAGUGGUGGUUGUCCGGUGAUCUUGCUGGUAAAGCUGAUGAUGCUGAAAAAGUUGCAAAUACAAUUGACAAAGAGUUGCUGGAGGCUCAAAGCAUGCUGCAGCUUGCCGCUGCUCAGAGGAUGAAUACUGAUACAAGAAAGGCAAUCUUCUGUAUCAUAAUGAGUGGAGAGGAUUACGUGGAUGCCUUUGAGAAGCUUCUGAGAUUAGAUCUGCCGGGGAAGCAGGACAGGGAGAUUAUGCGGGUCCUCGUUGAGUGCUGUUUACAGGAGAAAGUCUUUAACAAGUAUUACACUGUUUUGGCCUCCAAACUGUGUGAACAUGAAAAGAACCACAAGUUCACAUUGCAGUUUUGCAUUAGAGACCACUUCAAAGAGCUGGAAUCAAUGUCGCUUCAGAGGUCAAUGCACCUAGCCAAGUUUGUAGCAGAGAUGGUUGCUUCUUUUGUGCUCUCCCUUUCAGUGGUCAAGACCAUUGACUUUGAUGACGCCGCACAGCUAACCCCCAAAAGGAUCAUGCAUUUCCGGAUGUUGUUUGAGUCGAUAUUCGAGUACCCUGGUAAUACCGUUUGGAACACUUUCACUCGCUUAGCAGGCGAUGAAGAACUGGAACCACUUCGUAUUGGAAUGGAGUUCUUCAUCAGGGAGUAUGUAGUGAAACCUAACAAGGCCCUCGCUAGCAAAUUCAAACUUGCCAAAAGGGCCCUCAAUAAUGUGGAAAGGGUUCUCAUGUGAGUCUCCAGCAUUAUGCUUUGUUCUGUUCAUGUUCGGUUGCAUCGAGUUGUGAAUUUCAGAUCCGAUGAAUUAUUUUGUGAGGAGAUUGUAAAACCUUUAUUAAUGCCGAUGAAAAUUUUGUAGAAGAUUAAUGCCGAUGAAAAUUUUGGCCAUGAUAUGUUCUGAUUUAUGCAUGAUCUCGGUUAGACGGGUAACCAGUUAGAGCCUAACGAAUCUCUGAUUCCGUUGGAUUCUCGGCUUCUCGGUGAUCAAUGGUAACUCGUUACUCAUCAACAACUCUAAAAUUAGGUUAGAACACGACAACCCCGGCCAACAUUCCGCAUGUUGAUAACUUGAUCUGAAGUAGGGAUGGCAAUGGGUCGGGUUGGGUCGGGUUUUGUCAAACCCAAACCCAUGAGUUUAUUCGUGAAAAAAACUCGGGGUAAAACCCACUGGGUUUGAAAAACUCAAACCCAACCCAACCCGCUGGGUAUCCGUGGGUUCAUGGGUACCCACGGGUUUUUGUCGUAAAAAAUUUACAAUAACAAG